CGAAAUUCUAGUGUCCAACAUCUUUUUCGUUGCACCCUCUACAUAUCACAUCUUAACCAAAAUGGUUUACUUCGAUGACAUCCGUCAGACGGCCUACAAGGCCCAGAAUGAUCUGAACUCUUACCAGGCAAAGCAAGGCGUUGGCCGCAAGAGCGACUCAACUCUCGAGUCCGGUGUUGAUGAGAUGGUCGACCAGCGAUUCUCUGAGUCAGGUGGCGUCAAAUAUGGUCCUGGAUCAACGGCCUCUGGGAGCGACCACCGCAAGAUUCCGGAGGACGAGGGCGGUACUCGAGAUGACCGUGGCAGACUACCUACGGCAGAGAAGUUCUGGGGCCCGGGAGGCCCCGAGGACAAAAUCAAGAUCCAGUCUGAAAGCCGUCCUGGCGAUCCAGAUACUCUGACCCCUCAGGACAUGAAACGCCGUGGACUUGCGGGCAAUCAAAUAGUCUUUCAUAUGUGAUGGUCAACAUGGCGUUUUGACGACAACGACACAUGAUCUAAUACAUGAGAAUUAUUAAAGUAAAAAGCCUAUGAUAGCAAAAUCUUCG